ACAAAUGAAACUUACAAGAGAUGCAUCUCACACAAUCUAAUGAACCUGAAUAUGAAGUAACCCGAGGCAGCAAUACAAGUAUGAUGAAAGAUAAGCUUGAGAAAAGAUGCUCAGGGUGCAAAGAGAGAAAUGGAGAGGAGAGAAGACUCAAGUGAACUUCAUCAGAGUCAUCCAGUAAAAGAAGCUGGUUCCAUUUCGUUGUGUGAGGGAGGCGGUCAACGUGAAGAAGAUGACGAGUCCAAGCAUUUAGAGAGCAUGAGCGUAUCAUCGUCCCACAGCGGUAGGCCACAGUUCAGUCUUCCAAGUAAAGGUUCCAGAAGAUCUCACAAGAACUUACUUGGUGACAUGGACCAAAGGGAUUAUGAAGGUGAUGGUGAAAUAUCCCAUACUAGUGUCAGGUCUAGCAGUAGAACAUCAAACAGCAGAGGGGAGAGUUCGAGGGCAUGGCAGCACAAGAGACGAAAGAGUGAAAUUAGCCAAGGAGAUACGUGUAGCACUGAUGAUCAAGACGACGACCUCUGUCACUCGAGGUCCGUCAGUGAUGGAGGAGAGACUGUGAAUGAAACGAGCUUGGAGGAGACAAGUUUCAACACCUCAGUAUACUCAGACAAAGGAGUUGACAGUUCCUCUGAGCUCUCAAUUGAUCCUGAAAUAUGGACAAAAUUUAAGUUCCUCUCUUCUAUAUUAAAGGAGACACAGCAUAACUUGAGAGCUAUGGACAAUCUUAUAUUAGAACAUCGUCGACUUCAAAACCAGGCAGAGCAAAACAAAGAACAUACCAUUGUGAGCCAUGUGACCAUUCCUAUUCACCAGGGGCUUGGUGAUGGUGAACCUAAAACUGACGAAGCCAAGCUGGAGGAGAUUCUCAGUCUCCUGCACAACCUAACCCAUACACUGACUUCAUAUGAGCAACACCCUCUUCUGGUUUCCACACCCCACCCUGCAGGAACAAGUGCAGCCUCUGUUAGCUUGGGCAGUAUACAUCAUGUACAACAAACUCCCCAGCACUCACAGACCAAGAACAUUGAACAUGGUGGUCUCAGCUCACACAGUCAUUAUUCAGCACAUCCACAACAUGCCAGCAGUAGCCAUCAGCCAACACAACCACAGAAUCUUCCUCCUUCAAUUUGGCAAGAGAAAGACAUUGAGGUUGAGGGACUGGUUCAUAAACCCAUUGAUGAGUUUGGUUCAGCAGCACAGUGGAGUCAUUCUGUUGAUGUAUCAGUUGCUUCAGAUGUAGUUAAUGUGAACUCCAAUAUGUAUACAAAUGGUGUCCAACAGACCCUCUGUCACAGUCAUGAUCCAGCUUAUACAAAUGUUGGGCUGCUGGGAGUCCAGCAUGAUGCUACAAGGAGUGUUUUCACUAAUUAUUCCCCACAUGGAUCUAUGACUGAAAGAAAUAUGGAAAAAACUGCCUUGGACAAUGAUUUUCAGGCAACCUCAAGUAAUGUUUUACAUUAUUUCAAGUCCUUCACAAAAGAUAACAUUAGUCAAGUAGUGCCAAGUGUAAAUGAGGAACACCCAAACACACAGGUAUUUUAUUACCAGACUGGACAUCACAAUGAAGGUCUGGAUAGCCUUCAAGGUCAGAACAGUUGUCAUCAUCCUUUGAUGAAAGAAACCAGAUCACUAAGGAAAGAUAUUGAUGAUAUAGUGAUGAGGAAACAAGUUCUAGAUUCUAGGCUACAGUCACUUAUUGCUCACCGUGCAGCACAGAGAGAACUGGAGCUGAAGCAGCUUGAGACUGCUAAUGGUAGACAUAUACGUUUGAUGAGAAGUCAAAGCUUGGAAGAAAUAGAUAACAGAAGACUCAGAGCAAAGAUUAAGAAAUAUAAAAGCCGAAGCAAGAGUUAUGAAGAAAAUGGCCAUCAUCAGAGGAAGUCCAGUACAUCUGUUGGUGAAACUUACCUCAGUAUGAUUGAUGAAGACCAAGAUGAAUUUCCCAGCCUCAAAAUGGAGAAUCUUGAAAAUGAGGAAAAGAUUACGGAACUACAAAAUGACGAGGCCGACUUACCAGGUUUAGGUGACAGUGGGCUGAGUAGUGAGAUCAAUUCUAUUAAUGCAACAAUCCAGGAACUUGUAAGAGAGAACCAUCAACUGCAUAAGUUUCUUCAGGGGAUGACAAGUGAAUCCAUUUUGAAAGUGGAUCAAGAAAAACUUGCCCUUGAAGCCCAGAUUAACUUACUAAGUGAGGAAAACCAGGCUCUGAAGUUGUCUCUAAAUGUUGAUGAUGAUGAUGAUGAUACUGAACCAGAGGACAAGAGUAAACAAACCAAUAAAGCUGUAUCAUUUUUCAUUGAACAAAAUAAUAAUCAGGAUCCACAAGAAACAAAAAUUAAUAACAAAACAACAAAAACCAAAAGAGUUAAAGUUGAAGGUGAUAAUGAGCCAGCACAUGAUAGGUUAGAUCAGUCAAGUACUAGCUCCAUGACUCACACUCAGAGUACAACAGAAGAGGACUUGGAGAAAAUAGUGACAGGAGAAGAAGCACUGAGUCACACAAAGUCUCAGAUCUCAGUUGAUAAUGAGUCCACAACUAGCUUGAGGGAAGAGGUUGAACAUUUGAGUCAGGAAAAUCAGAAGCUCUUCAAGACAAUAAUGGAAGAAAGGAAAAUGAAUGAAGAACAAAAACAAUUGAUUAAAAAGUAUGAAUCAGAAGCAAAUGAAAAGAAAGAUGCACAGAUUACUCAAAUUGUAUUGAAAGAUGAUCUUUACACUGAAGAAAUGUGCAACUCUAAGGAAAUUGAGAAACUUAAGCUUAAAAUUAAGAAACUCACAGAAGAAAAACAAGAUUUAAACCAUAGACUAAGUGAGGAAGUUUCCGAGAGAGAUUUAGAAAGUGCAAGACUGGAAGCACGAAUUCGAAUACUUUCUGAACAAAACCAAAAUAUGACUCGGAAAUUGGAUGAAGUCAAAAUAAAAUCUAAGGCAGAGAAAGAUGAAAAAGGUUGUCAGUCAGAGGCACCAGUUGUUAUAGCCCAUGAUAAUCGUGUCACUGAUGAUGGCGAUAGUGAUAGCAUCCUAACAGUUACUGUUAAGAAAGUAGGUGUUGAGAAUACUAACCAUCAACCAACUGCAGGCCUCACUGAUAGGGCAACUGUUGUUAGAGACCCUGACAGUACUGAAAGAAUGCCAAAUGGUGAAAGUUGUAAAACAGUGGUUGAUGGUACUUGUCCAGGUGAUGUUGUAACCAGGAAGAUUGAUGGUGACUCUCUGGUCAUUGUUAAUGGUAGCAUCACAGCUAGAACACCCUCAGAAAAAGUCAAUGUUAUGAGCUCUGUUGAUAACACAGCUGAAACAACUGUUAGUAACACUGGACCUUCUCAAAGUAAUGUUUCUGCUGACCUCGUUAAACAUGUGGAAAAUGGGGAAGUUGUUUCAAGUUUUACUAGUCGUCCUGGAGUGAAUACAACUAAUGAAAAUAAUCUUGAGACUACAUCUGAUAUUAUUGCUAGCCAAUAUUGCAUUGCUUCUACUAGUAUGGCUGACAAAAGUGAAGCCAGUGUCAUAGGUGGAAAAACAAACUUUGCCAAAACUACUACCGGUGUCCAAACUAUUUCUAAUGCUGAAAAUAUUCCUAGUCAUAUUUGUGAUGAAAACUUGAGAAUUGAUGAUUCCAAACUAAUCGUUCAACUUUGGGAAUUAUUAAAACAGAAUGAAGUAAUUGCCAGUGGUCUAAAUGAUUUAAAAUCUUCAACUGUAAACUCUGAAACUAAUCUUGAAUAUACCAUAAUGAGAGUAAUGGAAGAACAUGGUAAACUGAUACAAAAUAUUGACCAAAAAUUGACCUCUGCUGCAGCAUCUGACAGAAGUAAUUAUGAAUUUAGGUUAGGCAAGUUGGCAAAAGAAAAUGAGGAAUUGACUACUACCCUUGAAAAGCAGAUGGGAAAAAUAGAGCUAUUGGUCAACCAGAAUGCAUCACUGGAGAGGAAGCUGCAGCUGGCACGAGCGGGGAGCAAGGAGAAGUGCAGUGUGUAUGAAGAUGCCAAGACACUACAUGACACAACACUCGGAGAAUUUCAUAUAUCGACUGAUGAAACUCUUGCUCACCAAGAAGAACAAAUUGAUCCGGAAUUGGAAGGAAAUAUAAUUCACAUAACACCAGAAGAAGAAGAACCAAAUCAGGAUUUAGGAAUGUUAAAAAAGAAGAACCUUAAAAAGGAAACAGCAGCCAGAACAACCACUAGUACAGAAUCAGUUCUAGAAGGUAAAAGGAGAUUUUCAAUGACAAAGGCUUAUCAACAAUCAAGUGCAGAGUCCCAGCCAUCUAUCCCAUUGGAAACUGGCAUAAAUGAAGAAAACAACAUCAGUUGUGGAGGUAAUGAUAAACAGUUGUCCAGACCUCAGGGACCUGUUUUAGACGAGAAGGAAGGAGCAUCAGUGGGGCAGAAUGAAGGAUACAUCUCGGAGUCAGAAGGGCUACUCAACUUAACUUUCAGGCGGGAGAAGGAGAACUGGACAAGACUGAUAGAACAAGCAGAGAAUCAGAAGCAAAUUCUUCAAGAUCGUAUUAUUACAUUAGCAAAUGAGAAUGAUUGCUUAGCAUCUAGACUGGAGGAAGUGGUUGAAGUUUCUCGCAACCUGAGUGACCAGAUGUACUCUGCCAAGGAACAACUUGUCAAAGUGGUAGCAGAGAAGGAGGAUCUGCAGAAAAGACUCAGGUCACUUGAAGAUGGAAAAGAUGAUAGCUCCUUGACACUGUCCGACUCCAUUGGUAGCACCCGACUCACCCAGCGCCUCAAAGAACGAACACGUAACUUACAGAGUGAAGUGGAACGGGCUUGGCAAGAGGCUCAUCAACGCACCAUAGAGAGGGACAGGAUCAGUGCUGAGAAAGAGAGCCUUCAGCAUACCUCCAGCAUCACCCUCAGCACAUCCAAGAAAGAGGUUGAGGAAUUAAAGGGCCAGAUAACAGCCCUACAGGAGGAGAAGAACAAACGAUGCCUUGAACUGACAAAUACACAAAACGAGUUGGAUAAGAAAUCAGCGGAUGUCCGGGCGGCAAAUGACAACAAUGCAAGUCAGUGGGAGAGGCUGAUGGAGACUGACAGAAGAUUAGAAAGUCUACAGAAUGAAUUUAAGAAAGGACAGGAACAACUCCAAAAGGAAAUAGAUGGAAGGAAGAAUGCAGAAACCCAGUUGGAAGAAAUCAAGAAAGAGAAGACAUCAUCAGCCUCUCUGCCUGCCAUGGCUGCUGAGAGUGAACUGGUCCUUGCCAGAGGAGAGAGGUACUGGCUGGAGACAGUCACUCAGCUCAAGGGUCAACUGCACCAGGAACAGCUGAGGUCUCGUCUGCUGGAGGCUGCCGACCACGAAAGCUCCGCACGCAUCUUGAUCCUCCAACGCAGUGUCCGGGAAACAAUUGAAGCCCAUGAAAAUCUGCAGGCAAAGUACAACCAGCUUCGUGCUGCCUAUCGUGCUAAAAAGGCCGAGAAGAUCCGACACAGAGAGCUUUCACAGCAGUAUACUGCACAGGUUAAAGAGCUUGGUAAAACAUCUGCUGCACUGGAAGAAAAUUUAAAGGUCAUGCUGUCUACCCUCGGUGAGAAUAUCGACGUGACGGUGGGAAUCUUGACAUCCCACGUGUUUCUGUCGCCGUGUGUGGUUCAUCCCGGUCCUGAUUUGCGCCUUGACCCUGAUGCUUGGUUUGGGGCUCAACAGGCAAGACUUAGGUGGCUGCAAACCCAGCUGAGGAAACUUUGUCUACAUAGUUGGAAAACAGCAGAUCUCCCAAGAACUUCCAACUUUGGCUCAACAUGGACUGAGCACUGUGUCACAGGCCAGCAGUCAUCCCAGCUCACUGAUGAUAUUUCUAAGACAUCAACAUUUUCCAAGGAUGUGGGACAUCAACAAAGCUCAUGUGCAAAGAAGAAUGAUCUGUCAGAACUGUCCAUUCUGGAUGAAAGUCGAUCAUAUGCCAGUACACCUGUAAAGAAGGUAAAUGUUCCAGCUGUUUCAUUUAAUACUUCUUUCUUAUAUUCUGAUUCUCCCUGUACAAAAAAUGAUCAGACACCAGGAACUUUUCAUGUACUGAAAAAUGGGAAAUUGGGAAGUCUCGGUAAUAUGACCACUACAACAUCUCAGACACCACAAGUAAGGGUAGCAUAUGACCCAAACAUAAGCCAGUUCAGUAGUAGUUCCAAGAACCUGAUUGAUGCAGAACGAAUCUUAACCAGCCAACAGAGGGAACUUUCAGAAGCCAAGUAUAGACAGUACAAGGCUCUCAUUUAUAACCUCCAGCGAGACCUCGAAUCCCCCAUGGUUCUCUCACCCAGUGUCCCAUCUUCCAUGAUCACAACACCAGAGAAGAUGAUGUCAGCUCAUAGCAUUGGCUGUGUAGUGGAAAGUGAACAUAAUUCUUCAUGUGAUGAAGUAUCUCGGACUUCAUCGUCUAGGACGUUUAUUUCUCCAUCAGGAUUAGAGGAUUUGUCACAGUCACAGUCUCUGUCUUUGAAGGAGAAGGAUUUGACUUCAGUAGCAGAAGAUACAUCAGUGAUUGAGAGUCCAGCAAGGGAUAAAAUUGGUUUGUCAACAGAAACAAAGUUGUCCUCAGAAGGUAAUGAUUCUUCACUGAAAGCAGAGUUGUCAUCACUGGAAAAUCAAAGCAUUUCAGAGAAACAGAGUAAAUCAUCAUCUCAACAAGAUAAUCUUAGGAAGGAAGAGGAAAAACAAGUAAUUAUUGAACCUAGUGAACAAGACAGUGAAAGUAAGCCAAAAGAUUGUCGCAAAGAGGAAAGAGCAGAUCAUGGAUUGGACAGUGACAAAGACAGAGACAGCUGGGAGGAAGACGGUGAGGAUUUCAUCGGUGAACUAGUUAGGAGUGAAAUGAUGGAUGAACACAAUAAAUGAUUUUCUUGAUAAAGAUUGUAUACCAUAAAAGUUAUUUUUACGUUCAUGGUAAACGCUGACUCGAGACAGAUGCUUACACGUGGUGUUUAGUUAUGUUCAACAUGUGGUUAUUUAACGUCUCAUAAUUUACCAUUAGCUUAUAUAGGUAAUUUUGAUUCAUGUGAACAUGAACUGAAAUUUAUGGAAGGGCCUCAGCAUAUAUAUAUAUGUAGAGGUCAAGUUGUAUAGAUGGUUAAGAAAAUAGCAAGAUUACUAGAUUACUGUGAUCUGUCAGUUAACUAAGAGCAUAUCCUGUUUAUCUUAAAUGAGGACAAGCAAAGGAGGAGAAGAAGUGAAAUGUGUUGAUGAUCACUUUCUUUAUUGGAAAAUUAUGGGGAAGUGGUUGAGUGAUUUUAGAAUAUGGUAUUGCUUGGGCACAUAUUGUACAAGUGCCAAAGUCACUUACUUAUUUACUUUGUUUGUGUAUGAUAGAGAGAGCUAUUUUGUUUUCUUGUAUUGAUGUCUUCCUGCUUUAACGUUAUCUGUACAUUUGAUAUGCAUUCCAUUUUUCUCUCUUAGGCAGUGUUGUUGAUACACCUCAUUCUCCACUGUUGACUUCCAUGUGGUAGAUAUUAGGAGCAGAUUUGUGUGUACUGCACUGUAUGAUGCAGACAGUUAUGAUAAUCCUCACACUCAGUAGAAGACUCACAACAUGAAAAUACCAGAUUUUAAGAAUUCUCAGAUCAGUAUAUUCAGAUCAUUAUCUUUAAAACUAAUAUUCUUAUUGUCUUCAGCCUGCAACUCUAGACGAAACUUUUGGUUUUUAAUUUGCAUUUAGUUGCAGUUUGACAGUUUUCAUUAGUAUAUAUUGCUCUAAUUGAUCAAGAGGAAGAUGAAACAUGUGUAAAGAAUGGAAACAUAUCAUCACAUGGUGUACACAGGUCAAUGGUUAGAUAAGUUAAAUAUAUUAUUUGUAAAGGAUGUCUAUGGUGGAACAUGGCCAUAUUAAGGUUCAUUGGCUGUUAUGCAGAAGAAACAGGGCAUCAUUGUUUUGCCUCACAACCCAUUUUCCCUUGUAAAUAAAUCCUCCCUUCUGGUGUUUAGGUGUUCACUCUCACCCAGGAAAAGUAAUGGGUUUUGAGGAAACAGGAAAUAACUAUGCUUUUAUGGCCUCUGGAUCAUUGAUGAUUGACCUUGUGAUAUCUCAUAACUUGAUCAUUCCCUGGCAGAGCCUCUUCCUUCCAUUUUUUACUCUAGUUUUUUAGAUAAAAAACUGUUAUGCAGUAUUUUACACUGAUGCAUUAGAUAGUGCGACCUGCUGCUAGACAAGACAUACUCUCUGGAUAUUUAAAUUCAUGCAUUUCGACAGGUGACAUAUCUGUGCGCUAUAUAAUGGGAUUCUAUGCAUCAUUCCUCCAUUUUUUUAAAUCUUUUCACAUGUAUUGAUGUACUGUACAGUUUUAGACUUAAUUUACACCAUCUUGUGGUUCAUGAAACACUUACAUGGUGAAAGUAAGAUUAAAUUAUUGUUAAGGAAAACAUGCACAGGACAUCUUUCUUUAUGAGAAAUUUCAUAAAAGUUAAAUUUUCUCUGUUGAAGUUUUUGAUGUUUUCCUUAGAAACAAUAAGUUUUAUUUAAUGUUCUGUUGUAAUAGUUCAGUAAUUAUUGAAAUAGAAAGAAAAGUAAUAAGAUGCUAAAUUCUACAGGAGUUGAUGAUUGAGGAAGCCUUAGCAGCCAUAGUAGUGGUAGUCUGGUUCUUGUAGUGGAUGGCUGCAUUUAAAAAUUACUUGGAUAUUACUGUACGUAAUGCGCUUGCUUAUUUUUUAUUUAUUUUAUUUUUUCAUAAAUUUAAAUCCCAAACACUGGACUAGUAUACUGUACAGUACAACAUAAUACCAGUUUGAGUUAAAGCUUCAUGGAGCUUCCAGUACAUCAAUCCACUAUCCUUGCCGGCAUCAGAAACUUUAACUAUCAAUUUCCAAAGGUCUUAUAUACGUACACAUAAAAUAUUUGGAUUACAACCAUUAAUUAAGUGGGCAUUAAUGUUUUUGUUUACAGUGAUCCAGUUGACUCAUGUAUAUUUAAAACUUAACUUGAAUAUUUCGUGUAAACUUUAGAUAUUAUGAGAAAAAUGGUUAAAAGGAUAAGCCCCCUAAAUAAAUUGACUAACUUGGAAGUCAUACUCGUAGGAUUUAGUGGAAUGUUUCUUGGUAGGUGUGAGAAAUGCCUGGAUGUUUAUUGAUACUGUAGUUUGAUUUUUAACCAAAUAAAAUAUACAGCAAUUGACAUCACCUAAAAUUUGCAGGGGGUAAUUAUGUUGUUAUAGAAAUGUUUGAAUUGUUGUUGAUUUUACUGUUGAUGUUUUUGUUACGAAUGAUGUUAAUUCCUUGUGUGUUAUAGAGAUCAAAUGAUUCUUACUAUUGGUGUGAUAAUGUUUUUACAGAUUUUUAUUGGGGCUUUUUAACUUAAGAUAGGUUUCUGCUUUUUAUUUAUUUAUUUGUUUGCAUUUUAUAUAAGAGUAUCAGGUGAUAGUGAUGUACAGUUGCUCAAUAAACUAUCUUAGACAAUAUAACACAAUGGAUGAAGGAUUUUGACAACCCUCCUGAAACAGCAGGUGACAGUGUUCAUUCUUCACCCCCCCCCCCACAGUAAAGUUAGUGUUUUGAGUAACUGUACAUCUUGCAAUAUUAUUAACAGUGAAAAAGAUGAAAGUUUUUAGUGUUGGAUACAGUAUUACAGCUAUAUGUAAUGUUACAUAACUGUAAGAUGGAAAUUAUGGUAGUUUUCUAUUUUAAACAUCUGGUCUCAGGUUAACCAGAUUUUUUGUCAGAUGCCAUUUUAAGUGGCUACCUUCUCAUUCCAUCCCUCUUAGGUACCUGAAGUGCAGCAACUAACCGUCCAGACUUGGUGCAUUACAUGGGAAUUUCUAUUUUGUAUCUCUUACAAACCUAGUCCAAAA